AUGGCUGAUCGUCGUUCAGAUUCCGAGGACGGUGCUCGGGCAAAGCGCCAAAAGAUGGAUGUCGUCGACCCCAAGGACAAUCCUUACUUGGCUCACAUGUACGAGGGCCCAACAGAUUCCGAUAAGAGUUCUCCCUUGGCCAAGCUGAAGCGCCACCAGACCACAGCGGCCCUCGCCAAGCAAGCGGAGGAUGGCGAUAUCAACCCUUUCAGCGGGAAGCCUUUCUCCAGCAAGUACUUCUCGAUCUUGAAGGGCCGCCGCGACUUGCCUGUGCAUGCUCAACGUGAUGAGUUUUUAAAGCUCUACCAGCAAUCGCAAAUCCUGGUCUUUGUCGGUGAAACCGGUUCCGGUAAAACGACUCAGAUCCCCCAGUUUGUCCUAUACGAUGAUCUCCCCCAGAGCCAGCGCAAAAUGGUUGCUUGUACACAGCCUCGACGUGUGGCCGCCAUGUCCGUCGCCGAGCGCGUCGCAGCGGAAAUGGAUGUGAAGCUCGGCGAGGAAGUUGGAUACUCAAUUCGUUUUGAAGACAAGACUAGCUCAAAGACGUGUCUCAAAUACAUGACUGACGGUAUGCUGCUGCGUGAGGCCAUGAAUGAUCAUAAUCUUGCUCGGUACAGUACCCUCAUUCUGGACGAGGCUCACGAAAGAACCAUGGCAACCGAUAUUCUCAUGGGCCUGUUGAAGGAGGUGGUGGCACGCCGCCCAGACUUGAAGGUCAUUAUCAUGUCGGCCACUCUAGAUGCGGAAAAAUUCCAGCGUUAUUUCAACGAUGCGCCUCUUCUGGCUGUCCCUGGUCGGACCCACCGUGUCGAUAUUUUCUACACCCCCGAACCAGAGCAAGACUACGUGGAGGCUGCGAUUCGAACUGUUUUGCAAAUCCAUGCCACUGAAGAUGAAGGAGAUAUCCUUGUUUUCUUGACUGGAGAAGAGGAGAUCGAGGAUGCUUGUCGCAAGAUCCAAAUGGAGGGCGACGAGAUGAUUCGAGAGGCAGACGCUGGUCCGCUUAAGGUCUACCCACUCUACGGCAGUCUGCCUCCCCAUAUGCAACAGCGCAUCUUCGAGCCUGCCCCGCCUCCGGCUCGGCCUAAUGCUCGACCUGGCCGUAAAGUCAUCAUUUCCACCAAUAUUGCGGAAACCUCUUUGACCAUCGACGGUAUUGUGUACGUGGUCGACCCAGGAUUCUCCAAGCAAAAGAUCUAUAACCCUCGCAUCCGUGUCGAGUCUCUUCUCGUCUCCCCCAUCUCCAAGGCAUCUGCACAACAGCGUGCUGGUCGUGCUGGCCGUACACGUCCGGGAAAGUGCUUCCGCCUUUACACCGAAGAAGCCUUUAAGAAGGAGCUGAUCGAGCAAACCUAUCCCGAAAUCCUUCGUUCGAACUUGGCAUCGACUGUCCUUGAGCUCAAGAAGCUAGGCAUCGAUGAUCUUGUUCACUUCGAUCUAAUGGACCCACCUGCCCCCGAGACCCUUAUGCGUGCUCUGGAGGAGCUCAACUAUCUUUCCUGUUUGGAUGAUGAUGGAAACCUCACCCAUCUCGGCCGACUUGCUUCCGAGUUCCCCCUCGACCCAGCACUUGCGGUCAUGCUGAUCAGUUCUCCCGAGUUCUACUGCUCUAACGAGAUCCUGUCUAUCGUUUCCCUGCUUUCUGUGCCCAACGUGUUCGUUCGCCCUGCCUCCCAGCGCAAGCGCGCCGAUGAAAUGAAGAACCUCUUCGCUCAUCCUGAUGGUGAUCAUCUAAGCAUGUUGAACGUUUACCAUGCGUUCAAGAGUCCUGUAGCUCAGGAGAAUCCUAGACAGUGGUGCCACGAUCACUUCCUCUCCCUGCGUUCUCUCCAGUCCGCCGAUAACGUACGCAUGCAACUUCUCCGGAUCAUGGAGCGGGAGGAGUUAGACAUGGUGUCGACUCCAUUUGACGAUAAGAAGUACUAUGAGAAUAUCCGCCGGGCUCUUUGUGCUGGGUUUUUCAUGCAGGUCGCAAAGAAGGAAGCGCAGGGCAAGAGUGUCUACUCCACUAUCAAGGACAACCAGAACGUUCUUCUGCACCCCUCGACUGUGCUAGCUCAUGACGCAGAGUGGGUUCUCUAUCAUGAAUUUGUCCUGACCACCAAGAACUACAUCCGCACUGUCACCGCUAUCAAGCCCGAGUGGCUCUUGGAAAUUGCGCCCACCUACUACGAUAUCAACAGCUUCCCUAAGGGCGACAUCAAGUCCGCUCUGAUGCGCGCUGCCGACCGUCUUUCUCGAAAGGAGAAAUUGCGUUCUGAGAAGCGCAAAUAA